AUGCAUUUUGUCCGUCAUCGAUUUGGUCGUCGGCGUCGCAAGUUCCACAUGCAUGUCGGCGUCAGUCGUCGGGGUUUGCGCAUGUUCUUCCAGCGGUGGUUCGGCGGCGGGACGUGGGGUGGCCGCGACCAUCCAUCGAGACUUCGCAUACGACAAGAGCAAGACGAUGCCAAAGCAGAUGGCGUGGCCGAUCCCAAUGCCAAACCAAAUCAGCGGCGCCAUGGACUUGUCCAGGCUUAUGAGAUCGUAGGGCCAAAACCCUUUGUUGAAUGUCGCGUUUCCAAUCCACGACAGGCUCGCAAACAGUGCCGGCCACAGGAUCACGAACUUGAGGCUCGUGCGCUGGGCGAGGUGUUCAUUGAAGGCAAACUCGAUGAGCAACAUGCCAAUAUUCGCCAGGUGCACAAUGUACGUAGCCCACUCGGUGGGCUUGGACGGGUCGUAGAGGAGACACCAGUACACGAGUCCUACAAGCAGGCUCGACGUCAUGGCCACGUCGAAGAGCGUGUUGAGGGACCAGUUGGCAUGGUUCGCAUCGUUGGAUCGGAUCCACCGCCGCACUUGGUCGACGAUGGCCGCGCCAAAGUAGAUCGUUUGGAGGGUAAAGUUCCAGUAUGUGUAGUACACGAGGUUGAACCAGUUGGUCGAAUGCAUUUGAACGCUCCACACCACGACGAAGAAGCUACACGACGCGAUACGGAACAGCAUAAGCCACCAGUUCGCUGCGCGGAACGGCACUUGGAGGUCAUGGGGAGAGUUGCGGGGAUGCUUGUAGAUCCGAUACGUACAGAUGACGCCAACUAG